AUGUCUCUCGGACCACCCGCCCUCUAUGUCCAUGACGCGUGUUUUCGACUGGGUGGGCACGGUCAGCAGAGUCCCACGGUGACACGGUCUGGCAUUUCGAAAUGGCUACUUCGUUCAAAGACUAGAACAGAAUCAGAGAGCAACAGGAAAUUUCCUCUUUCUGAAAUCAGAUAUCUUCCUGAAUUUCUUCAUUCCAAAUUUGUGCUAUUCCGUAUAAGGAGAUCAAUCUAUCUCAAUAUUUCCUUCCUAUCUAUCUAUCUAUCUAUCUAUCUCAUUCUAUUCCUUCCUAUCUAUCUAUCUAUCUAUCUCAUUGAAAUGACUUUAUGGAAUCUAUCUAUCUAUCUAUCUAUCUAUCUAUCUAUCUAUCUCAGUCUGUUCACAUCUAUCUAUCUAUCUAUCUAUCAUCUAUUUCAUCUCUCCUUCAUCUAUCUAUCUAUCUAUCUAUCCAUCCAUCUAUCUAUCUCAGUCUGUUCAUAUCUAUCUAUCUAUCUAUCUAUCUAUCUAUUUCAGUCUGCUCCAUAUAUCAUCCAUCUAUCUAUCUAUCCAUCUAUCUCUAUCUAUCCUCAGUCUGUCACAUCUAUCUAUCUAUCUAUCUAUCUCAGUCUGUUCAUAUCAUCUAUCUAUCUAUCUAUCUAUCUCCAUCUAUCCAUCUAUCUAUCUCAGUCUGUUCAUAUCAUCUAUCUAUCUAUCUAUCUAUCUAUCUAUUCUGUUCAUAUCCAUCUAUCUAUCUAUCUAUCUAUCUAUCUAUCUAUCUCAUCUGUUAAUAUUCAUCUAUCUAUCCAUCUAUCUAUCAGUAUGUAUUAUCCAUCCAUCCAUCUAUCUAUCUCAUUCUGUUCACAUCCAUCUAUCUAUCCAUCCAUCUAUCUAUCUAUCUAUCUCAUUCUGUUAAUAUCCAUCCAUCCAUCCAUUUAUCUAUCUAUCUAUCCCUGUAUCUCCAUCCAUCUUUUGUUCAUUAUCCAUCUAUCUAUCUAUCUCAGUCUGUUCAUAUCUAUGUAUCUAUCUAUCUAUCUAUCUAUCUAUCUAUCUAUCUAUCUAUCUAUGCAUCUCAUUCUGUUAAUAUCUAUCUAUCUAUCUAUCUAUCUAUCUAUCUAUCUAUCUAUCUAUCAGUUUGUUCAUUAUCUAUCUAUCUAUCUAUCUAUCUAUCUAUCUAUCUCAGUCUGUUCAUAUCUAUCUAUCUAUCUAUCUAUCUAUCUCAUUCUGUUAAUAUCUAUCUAUCUAUCUAUUUAUCUAUCUAUCUAUCUAUCUAUCUAUCAUCUAUCAGUUUGUUCAUUAUUCAUUCAUUCAUCUAUCUAUCUAUCCAUCUCUGUAUGUUCAUAUCUAUCUAUCUAUCUAUCUAUCUAUCUAUCUAUCUAUCUAUCUAUCUAUUUCAAGCGUGAGAGAACGAGAGUUAUAUAUAAUUUACUGGAAAAAAACGAUUAUGGAUGGACAUAA